UGUGACUCCCUCCGCGUGUUCGUGCAGCUCCGACUAAGGAAGUACCUGGAGAAUGUGCCCUGGGGUCCCGCAUAGUUGAGAAGAGCUUCAUGGCGACAUCUUCACCAUGAAGGUGCCUACCUCUUUAUUUUUAGUCCUCUCCUUUCCACUAUGUUUCUCCAGUGUGGGAUCCACGGAGAAUGGGCCGAGUCCAUUCAUUAGAUAUUAUGAAGGCCUGUCCUACAGCCGAGAGGCCCUUGAAAUGAAGCAUCAGAGAGCCAAGCGGGCCAUCCAUGAAGAUGAUCGGCGAGUCAGCCUGGACUUCACUGCCUACCACAGGCACUUCCAGAUGAGGCUGAAACCCGACAUCUCUGGAUUUACAGAAGAUUUCCAGGUUCAUUUCACAAAUCGAUCAGAACUGCCGACAUUAUCUCAUCUCUACUCCGGAGAAUUGGAAGGGGACGCCAACUCCUCCUGCCAUGGCUCACUCAUUUCCGGCCGCUUUGAAGGGUUCAUCCAGACCUCCAAUGGAACUUUCUACGUGGAGCCUGUGAGCCAACGGGAAUACCACUCGGUUAUUUACCACCAGGACGACGUCGACCACUCCCAGCUGGAGACUGGAACAUCACACUUCUGCGAAAAAUUACAACGAUAUGUGCAACAGGAAGCUCCUGUACUUCGCUCGAAGAGAACAGUCGACUAUGCAAGGACAAGCUGCCUGAUGUACCUGAGAGCUGAUUUUCUCUUUUUCAAAAGAUUUGGCAGUACUGAGGCGGUGGUUGCGCAGAUUGCUAAUUACUUGCGAGCGGUGAACGACAUUUACGACAAGACGAAUUUCGAUGGCAUCCGUCACAUCAACUUUAAGGUGAAAACACUUAAUGUCAUUUCGGAGGACGACCCUUCUAGCCCACAAUACUCUCCCUUCAUUGGUCCUGAGAAGCUCCUGAUGAUGCACUCGGAAACCAACUGGAACAGUUACUGCUUAUCCUUCCUGUUGACGAACCGCGACUACAGUGGGGUGCUUGGUCUGGCCUGGGAGGGGAAGCCGGGUAACUCAGGAGGGAUAUGUUCCAAGUACGAUGAGCAUACAGAAGGAUCUUUUGCUUCUCUGAACACCGGGCUGGUCACGUUGCAGAAGUAUGGCCACUACCUUCCACCGAGGCUGGUCCACUUAACGUUGGCCCAUGAGUUAGGACACAGCCUGGGCUCACCUCACGAUGAGGGCCAAGAGUGUGUCGCAAGCUCCAACCGGGGGAAUUACCUGAUGUUUCCUUACGCGUCUGACGGGAGUCAAGAGAAUAACAACAAGUUCUCUCCGUGCACCAUCAAAGCAAUCAGUGGGCUGCUGAUGAACAAGAAGGACCAGUGCUUUGUGGAGAGUGGUCACCCUAUCUGUGGGAACCAAAUUGUGGAAGCUGAGGAAGAAUGCGAUGUGGGUGCCAAUGACCAGGACCCUUGCUGCUAUAGUGCCAAGCAGCCCGAGAGCUUGCAGUGCAAACUGAAACCCCAGAAACAGUGCAGCCACAGCCAAGGUCAAUGCUGCAGCAAUGAGUGUAUCUUCAAACCGCAGGGACAAAAGUGCCAGGAGGAAUCAGAGUGCGCCUUUGAGAGUAAAUGCGUUGGGACGAGAGCCGCCUGCCCACCAGCACCUCCAAAAGCAAACCUGACCAUCUGCAAUUUUGGCACCAAAGUCUGCAUCAAUGGCAUCUGUGCGAGGUCCAUCUGUUUGAAGUACGGUCUGGAGCAGUGUGACUGUCUGGGCACCUCCUUGAAAGACAAGUGUAACCUGUGCUGCCAGAAACCAGGAAAUCCCGACACGUGUGUGAAGGCCACCACUACGGAGUUUUCCCAGCAGGUCCCGAUUCCCCUCCCUGCUGGUACCCCCUGCUCAGACCGGCAGGGCUACUGUGAUAAGCUGAGCACCUGUCGCCUGGUGGAUGCGGAUGGACCCCUUGCACGUCUGAAGAACUCCUUCCUGCACUUGAAAGAGUUCAGAGAUGUUGCAGAGUGGAUGAAGGCGCACUGGUGGGUGAUCCUCAUCGCCAUUCUGACCCUGUCAGCCCUGAUGGCCAGCACCGUGUUCUUGUUUGGACACACAGAAGACAGUGAAACAGAACUUGAAGAGAAUGGCCGACCAAGGAGACGAAAGCAGCAAUUCCCAGAUGACGAGGUGGAUCCCUUUGAGCAGCAGGACUCUGGACUUUAGCUUCUCUCCAUUAUCUUGUAAUGAGGGACCUACUGUAAAUGUGCCUGCUUUAUUGAAGCAGAAGGAGAUUUGAUGCUGGACCAGGACCGUACAGAACAGACUCGCUAUGGUGACCUAUUUGGUGGAUUCGUCAGGCCUUACACUUCCCUGGCUGGUCACUUACUUUUUGUGGCUGUCCGGUUUUGACUACAAAAAUGACUUUCUGCUUUGAGCCUAACAAACAGCCACAUUGUGGACGCCCUUUGCAUGUCUGCUAGCCUGUUGUCCUUUCUUUCCCUUUUAAUUCCUCAUCCUUUAAGCAGGUUCCUUAAAAAAAUUGGAUCAGCUCCCCUUA